AUGGCUUACUCUCACCACCUCUCUCAACAUUCCUAUCAGGACUUUCUACAACUGUGGACAAGCCUUGAGGAGCUCAGCCCAGAUAACUCUUACCCUACCCUCACCACAGAGGCUGACACAGAGCAUAACCUUCUUGGUUCAUCCCUGGAGGAUCUCCACUCUGAGUUAACAACUGAGGACAUACCUUGUGAGGCGGUCUCCACAAUGAACUCUUCUCCCACAUCUCACAUCGCUGGUCAAAUAUCCACAGUGACCAGUCCUUCUGCCCAGUUCUCCUCCCCACAUAGCAACAACCCCAUCCCCACUCCUUCCAACACCAAUUAUCCUGGCACAUACGGAUUCCAAGUCUCCUUUUCUCCACCUCAGAAAGAGACCAAGUCCACAAGCUGGACAUACUCUGCCCUCGGCCACAAGCUUUAUGACAAGAUGGCCAGCUCCUGUCCUGUCCAGUUUCACACCAGUCAGCCUCCACCAGAGGGCAGUAUUAUCCGAGCCAUGGCCGUUUUCAGCAAGGCAGAACACGCUCAAGCUGUGGUCACACGGUGUCCUAACCAUGUCAGCAGCAGAGAGCACAACCAGAACCACCCUGCUCCUAGUCACCUUGUUCGCUGUGAGCAUCAACUCAGUCACUGCCUGGACGAUCCUUCCACAGGCAGACACAGUGUGCUCACUCCUUAUCAGCAGCCACAGGCUGGCUGCCCUCAUCUCACCUAUCUCUACCAGUUCAUGUGUCUGGGAUCCUGUGUGGGAGGACCCAACAGAAGACCAAUGCAGAUUGUCUUCACCCUAGAGAACGACCAGCUAGUUCUGGGAAGAGCCGCUGUAGACAUCCGCAUCUGUGCCUGUCCUGCCCGUGACAAGAGGCUGGAGGAAAAGUCCUAUUUACCUAAACCUCCAGCUUCCUCUCCCAGCUACACCACAGGCGACAAACCCAGGGCCGCUCACAAGAGGAAACUUGACACCACAGACACUUUUACCAUCACCAUUCAUGGCCGUGAUAACUUUGAAAUCUUACGCAAAAUCAGAGAUUCCUUAGAACUCAUGUCUUCUUUAUCCAAUGAUCAAGUCACUCAUACAGACAAUGCAUCUAAAGGACAUCUGGAAUAUGCCACAGCCAUAACAGAUUCCUAUUACAUGCAAAGUGUCUAA